AACAAAAACUCGAUACAGACAAAAAGAGAGAGAAAACAGACGAUACAGAGCGCAGGUAUAAGGGGCGCACGUAAAAAAUUCUUCAAUGCCACCGGAAUUUUCCUUCAGAAGCCAUUGAAGACCUUCGAGGUGCUUCAGAUCUCUUUGAUUUUUAAUUUCACGCUCUGUAUUGUAAUCCUUUUGGUGCCAUAUUCUCGUGGAGAUUCGUUAAUCGGGAAUGCUCUCAUCAAUGUAUGAUUGUUGAAUGCAAUGUUUAUGAAUUCUAACCAUCAAGGUUGAAAUUGGGGGUAAUUUUGUUGAAAUGGCCUUCUUCUGCUGAUAAUUUGCGGAUGAUCGAAGAGACUCGUCGGGAUUUCUCGUUGUGCGUAUUUUAGGGUUCCUUUGAGAGAUUACGGGCGGAUGGUUUCAGCUGUGUCUGAGCUGUGAAUAGUGACCAGUGGAGGGGCUGUUUGAGCAUUGUGUUGGAAGUUUAGUUUCGUGGCAUUUUGUAUUUUACAGGGUAUUUUUUUCAUGCGGUGAGGAAAUUUUUUCGCAAGCAUUUUCAUCCGAGAGGAUGAGGAGAAUGCUUUUCAUGGCGCAAAGUUUGAACAAUGAUUGCUGUUUGAGAUACUACAUUUGGGUUUAUUCUUCAAAAAAAUGUUUGUUCUGCUCUAGAGUAGCGCCUGAUUCUGCAUCUUGAAUGGCCGAUACCCAGAAAGUUGGUCUCGCCCAGAGGGAUAUCGAGCAGGCCAUUACAGCACUUAAGAAAGGGGCACAUUUACUUAAAUAUGGAAGGAGGGGGAAGCCGAAGUUCUGCCCUUUCAGGCUUUCAAGUGAUGAAUCUUUACUCGUAUGGUACUCUGGAAAAGAUGAGAAACAGCUUAAAUUAAGUUUGGUUUCAAAGAUCAUUCCUGGCCAACGUACUGCAAUAUUCCAGCAGCAUCCACAACCUGAAAAGGAGUAUCAGUCAUUUUCACUCUUGUAUAAUGAUAGAUCAUUAGAUUUGAUAUGUAAAGACAAGGAUGAAGCUGAAGUUUGGUUUGUUGGUCUGAAGGCAUUGAUCACUCGAGGAAACUACCGCAAGUGGAGAGUUGAAUCAAGAUGUGAGAGUGUAUCUUCAGAUAGUCCGCAUGCUCGCAUGCGAAGGAAUUCUCCAGCCAUUGCACCAUGUGAUCCCGGAGAUCUUGAUGGGAUUUCUUAUGAAAAUACUGGACAGAACAGACUAGGGAAAGCAUUUUCUGAACUAUUAUCAUACACUGCAGUUUCCAAGGGUACUAACCAACCCAAGCCAGUUGCCAAUCCUUCUCUAUCAACUGUGCUUGUAGAUAACUCAAAUGGCCGAAUUUCUGCAUCUGAGGGUUUUCGAGUUAGUUUAUCCAGUGCUGUGAGCUCAUCAAGUCAAGGAUCAUGUCCAGAAGAUUUUGAUGCCUUGGGGGAUGUCUAUAUAUGGGGAGAAGGUAUAGGGGACGGAUUGUUGGGUGGUGGUGUGAAUAAGGUUGGCAUCCAAUGUUCAUUAAACUCCAAGCUGGACGCUCUGCAACCAAAGCCAUUGGAGUCAACAGUUGUUCUAGAUGUUCAUGGUAUCGCAUGUGGUGGCAGACAUGCUGUGCUGGUUACCAGACAGGGUGAGAUUUUUAGUUGGGGUGAGGAGUCAGGAGGAAGGCUUGGGCAUGGUGUGGAAGCAGAUGUUUCACAUCCAAAACUCAUUGAUACUCUCAGUGGCAUGAAUGUUGAACUAGUAGCAUGCGGAGAGUACCAUACUUGUGCCGUAACACUUUCAGGGGAUCUUUAUACUUGGGGUGAUGGGACUCAUAAUUAUGGUUUACUUGGUCAUGGUAGCGAAGUUAGUCAUUGGAUUCCACAAAAGGUAAGUGGUCAGAUGGAGGGAAUUCGUGUAUCGUAUAUCUCAUGUGGAGCGUGGCAUACAGCUGUGGUGACAUCAGCUGGCCAGUUGUUCACAUUUGGGGAUGGUUCUUUCGGAGCCUUGGGUCAUGGGGAUCAUAUCACCUCAAAUAUUCCACGAGAAGUGGAAACUUUGAGAGGGCUUAGAACGACAAAAGUUGCCUGUGGUGUUUGGCACACUGCUGCUACUGUUGAAGCAAUGAACGAACUUUCUGAUUCUGGUACUUCAGCUAACCCUUCAUCUGGAAAACUUUACACAUGGGGCGACGGAGACAAAGGCCGGCUUGGACAUGGAGAUAAUGAACCUAGACUAGUUCCUGAAUGUGUAGCUGCAUUGAUUGAAGAAAAUAUAUGUCAAGUGGCAUGUGGCCAUGAUCUCACAGUUGCUUUAACAACGGCAGGACGGGUAUAUACAAUGGGUAGUACUGCUUAUGGCCAGUUAGGAAGUGCUACAGCUGAUGGAAAGCUUCCUACUUGUGUUGAAGGUGAAAUUGACAACAGUUUUGUUGAAGAGGUUGCCUGUGGUUCUUAUCAUGUUGCAAUAUUAACCUCCAAAACUGAGGUUUAUACUUGGGGAAAGGGCUCAAAUGGGCAGUUAGGACAUGGAGACAACAAUCACAGAAACACACCUACUAUUGUAGAGGCCCUGAAAGAUAAGCAAGUGAAAAAUGUUGCAUGUGGUUCAAACUUCACUGUUGUUAUAUGUCUUCAUAAAUGGGUAUCAAGUGCUGACCAUUCUGUAUGUUCUGGUUGUCACAACCCAUUUGGUUUCAGAAGGAAGCGUCACAACUGUUACAACUGUGGUCUAGUAUUCUGCAAAGCAUGCAGCAGCAAAAAAUCCCUGAAGGCAUCUUUAGCCCCAAAUUUGAAUAAACCGUAUCGAGUGUGUGAUGAUUGUUUCAAUAAACUAAAGAAGGCCAUGGAAUCCAGUUCUAUUUCACAAAAUUCUAGAGCCAGAACUGGAAAUAUGCAUCAUAAAUCUAAUGGUGUUACGGAUAAAGAAACGUGGGCUCCAAAAUUGCAAGCAACACUCUCCAGACUUUCAUCUUUUGGUGCUGUCAAUAAUGCUGAAAGCAUGCACUCCAGAUUAGCUUCUCGAGCAACAUCUCCUGUAUUGGGAAUGUCAAGCCCGAUUCGAUCAUCUGAAGAUAUUUCAGAGGAUUCUAAGCGUGCAACUGACAGUUUAACCCAGGAAAUCAUCAGUUUGAGGGCACAGGUGCAAGAGCUGACUUGCAAGUCCAAAAAUCUUGAAGCUGAACUCGAGAAAACCUCAAAGAAAUUGAUGGAGGUUACUACAAUAGCUGCAGAUGAAGCUGAAAAAUGCAAAUCGGCCAAGGAAGUUAUUAAAUCCCUAGCGGCUCAGUUGAAAGAGAUGGCUGAGAAAAUGCCAGAGGGACACACUGCUAUCCUCAACUCUGGCACUGUUUUUGGGCAAAAUGGUAGUAAUUUCAACCAGCUUUCCACUGAGAGCCUUUCAAUGAGCAUAAACUCUCGUUUGGAGUCUAAUGGCAUUUCAAAAUGUCAAACCUUAUCAACUGGAAGCAAAGUACAAAAUGAGAAGGCAGAAUGGGUUGUACAAGACGAACCAGGUGUGUACAUAACUCUAUCUGCUUUGCCAGGAGGAUGCAAUGAGCUGAAACGAGUUCGUUUCAGUCGAAGACAUUUCACAGAAGCACAAGCAGAGAAAUGGUGGGCGGAAUUCGGAGCGAAGGUUUGUGAGCGGCAUAAAGUAAAGAAUACAGAUUAACAAGUUGUCGAUGCUCGAAUUGAAUUGACCAGGGAAAAACAAGCCAAUGAGAAAGCACUUCUGGUGAUCAUCUUUCUCUUCUUCUCUAGACAACAUUGUCCCCUUAAAUCUUUCCAUUGAUUUUGAGUGGGGGAUUGAUCAGGGCAAUCUAACAUUUAGGUUCAUAUAUUAGAUAACUAAAAGUGUAGCCGAGGAAUUAGAAAGAAAUACAAAGCUUCAAACUUUCAACUCUCCCCCUUAGAAUGCCAGUGUUCUUAAUUACCUUUUUAUUUUUUUGCUCACCUUUCUCUCUUUGCUUCGUUUCUUCCCUUCAACUUAGGGAAAAGUCCAUAUUGUAAUUAGCUUAGCAGGUAUCAAUCAGAAAUAGUCUUCUUGCUUUUUA